AUGGCGACUUCAGCUGAAGUCCGUUCAAUCCUCGACCUCCCUGCCCAUCAACCAAUUGCGGGCCCUUCCCAGCCUAAGAAGCCAACAGCGUCCGCUCCGCGUAAACCAGAAGGAAUUUCUCGUGAGCUCUACUCGCUCAUUGGCCCAUCUUCCACCACCCUUGUCGCCCAAUUCGCGAAACCACAGUUGAAACAAAAGCCAACAUUUGGCGCCAGCGCCAAGGUUAAAUGGUACCGUAACUUUCUCUUCAUGGCGCUUUAUCUAAUGUUGAGAAGGGAGUGGCGAUCUUUCAAGAAUGGUGGACGAGCAGACUCGUUACAGCUCAAUCAUUGGACUAAGGCUACGAGUGAUGCAAAUUCAGAGUACCAGUUUGCGAAAUACAAUGUUCAACGACCAACAUUCACAUACUCCGAUGAUGAAUAUAAUAGCUUGCUUCAAGAGGAGGGGUGGACGAGAGAGGAAACAGAUUACCUCAUGAGUCUUGUGAAAGAUUAUGACACCCGGUGGUAUAUCAUCCACGACCGUUAUGAGUACCCACGGCCAGAGGAUAGUCCACGAUCCCUUGAGGACCUCAAAGACAGAUACUGUGGCGUUUGUCGUAAACUCAUCCGAAAUCGGCCGUGGACAGGAGACGAUGCAAGUCGGCAGGCGCUUCUUGCGGGUUUUAACUUUGAGAAAGAUAGAGAAGUGCUUCGCAAAAAGUAUAUCACAAGUCUGGAGAACCGGACUCCCCAACAAAUAGCUGAAGAGGAAGCACUCUACGUGGAAAUCAAGCGAUUGGAACAAAAUGAGCGGCGGUUCAAACGAGAACGAGACGAUCUCCUCCGCACUGUCGCAGGAAUCGAAUCGGGUUUGCCUGAUGUUGUUGAAGAUGAUGCACAACUUGCUGGAAUCCUAGCGGACCCCAAAAGGAAGAAACGAGGCAAUGAAUUGGACAGCCCGUCAACACCGUUGUCUGCGCCGUCAUUCAAACGGACGAUCAAGAGCUCAGCGCAGGAUAUCCAGCACUGCAUCACCCGCACGGAACCAAAUGGUACAUUCAACAAGUCCCACCAAGUUGCAUACCUACGCUCGUUCAAAAUCCCCUAUCCGAAAGCGGCGCAAGCUCAGAAGGUGGUCCAGGCUAUGACCGAACUGGGUAUUUCGUCAACACGGUUGGUUAUGCCAACAGCAGCAAAUCUAGUACAUCUGGAAAACGUAAUGGAUGCUGCGACGAACCUAGUCGAGACGAAAAGGAACGUGGACAGAGUUGAAUUUGAAAUCCAGGUAUUGCGGGGCAGGCUUGGCAUGCAGACAACUGCACCAAAAAACGAAGAUGGUGAGCCAAUGGAACUAGAGGAUGCGGACGGAGAGGCAGAACCAGAGGAAGGUAGAGCUCAGAGUGUUGUAAGCACGCGAAGCGCCCGAAAACAGCACCGACGGUCAAUGUCUAUAUCCUCUGUGGAUACGUCGGUAUCCGCUCGAAAGCGGCAACGGAAGUAG